AUGGUUAUAAUUGGAUCAAAAUUGUUUUUCUCCUUCACUAGGACGCUCGCGGUGCUGCUGAUCCUGGCUGCGGCGGGAGGACAGGUGGCGGCUGACGACUCCAAGCUGUCAACGAAGGACUGCUUCAGGGAGGGAGGGGAAUGUAUCCCAAGUAACGAAUGUGAAUCGAACGCUACCGAGCUGACCGCGUGCGAGGAGCCGGGCGCUGUGUGCUGUAAGACCUCUGCCUUCCGCAGUCCGUUGAGGGAUGACCUCCUGGGCUUUGAUGCUCUCUCCAUCGAACCACGAGUUGGUAGGUGCAGCAACCGGAAGUGCAGGCGGUUUUACAGAGGCUGGUGGACGAGGACGCCCGAGAACUGUCAACCCAAAAGGCGUCUGGUUAUGAACUGUCGCUCCAAGAACAGAUGGUGCUGCGCCCCGCCGUGCUCUGAGAAGCCCUCGUGUCGCAGGAAGAAGGGUUACUGCGUCGCGAGAGAAUCCCAGUGCGAAGGCAGAGUCCAUCACAAGGGGUGCAGGGGCAAGAUGUGCUUCUGCUGUAUCCCUGAUGGAACAAGUCCUUCAUGCAGCUGCAGGGAACAAAGCAGUAAGAGGAUUCCUUGGAUUCAUUGUGAUAUUGUUUAUAACGAUGCAGGAUCAUAA